AUGGAGGACCGAAAACGAAAGAAGCACGACAAGGCAGUUUGGGAUGACUCAGCCCUGGUGGACUCUUGGAAUGAGGCUUUAGAAGAGUACAAGAAAUACCACAGCAUUCACGCGAGAGGUGGCAGCAUUCGAGACCUACCACAGGAUGAACCAGUAAAGACUUUAUCUCGUGAUCUCGCGGAGCAAGAUAUUGCCGUCCCAACCCCCAAUGCGUUGGAAGUGGUGGAGGAGGGAGAGCACGAGGGCGAGGAAGAAGGGGAGAUCACAUCUUCGAGUGACGAAAAGCCUGGAAAGGCCUCGAUGACGGAUGCCAACGAUUCGCCACGGCAUCAUGUCCCAGUGACAUUAUCUCCGCAGGCCAUGAUGGGAUCUAUACAAGACGAUACCCUCAAGAGGCUGCUCAUGUCGUGGUAUUACGCGGGAUACUACACGGGACGGUACGAGUCGCAGCAAGCUCGGCAAUAG